GUCAUUUGAUGAGCAAAAAGCUCAAGUGGGAGGUUGCGAAUUGAGAAGUCCUUUGCACCAUCUUUGUUGGACCCACUGAUGAAAGAUUCCACUCAAACUCAAAACGCUCACUUCUUCUUCUCCACUUUGCCCCUUAAGUUACACUUCUGCUUUGGAUGAUUUUUUUGUUUUUUGUUUUGGGAUGCUGCAGAUCACUGUGAAGGACUGACAGAGGGAUCUACAAAGAGGAACUGUCUUGGCACUUUCUUUAUUGACAUCCUGAGAAAGGUGCUCAGAUUUUCCCCUUUACCUUUGUGGGGUUUUCAGAUGGAAUAAUGCCUUCAUGUUGGAGUAGAAGAUCCUGGCUUCCAGCUUUGUUUGCUGCCACUCUGGUUGUUCCUCUUGUUCAUGCUGGAUCCGACCACGAGAGAAGGCUGGCAGGGUCGUCCUCGUGCUACGGAGGCUUUGACCUCUAUUUUGUCUUGGACAAAUCUGGGAGUGUGAUGGACCACUGGACUGAAAUCUACCAUUUUGUUGAGCACUUAGCUCAUAAAUUUAUAAGUCCACAAUUAAGAAUGUCAUUUAUCGUGUUCUCCACUGAAGGGACGAUUUUAAUGCGCCUGACAGAGGACAGAGAACGCAUCCGCAAAGGUCUGGAGGAGCUCCAGGGAGUUCAUCCAGGUGGAGACACCUUCAUGCACGAGGGCAUCCUGAGGGCCAGUGAGCAGAUAUAUCAUGGAAAUACAGAAGGUUAUCGGACCGCCAGUGUUAUCAUAGCUCUGACAGAUGGAGAGCUACAUGAGGAUCUCUUCUUCUAUGCCGAGAGAGAGGCCAAUCGCUCACGGAGUCUGGGGGCCACAGUUUACUGCGUUGGGGUGAAGGACUUCAAUGAGACUCAGCUGGCGAAGAUUGCUGACAGUAAGGACCACGUAUUCCCUGUCACCGAUGGAUUUGAAGCUUUGCAGGGAGUCAUUGAUUCUAUCCUGAAAAGAUCUUGCAUUGAGAUUCUGGCAGCUGAGCCCUCCAGUAUCUGUGCAGGAGAGUCAUUCCAGGUUGUCGUAAGAGGAAAUGGAUUCCUCCAUGCACGCAAUGUGGAAAAGGUCCUCUGCAGCUUUCGCAUUAACGACACCCUUACUAAAAUGGUGAAACCUUUGAUCGUGGAGGAUACAUAUCUUCUCUGCCAGGCUCCUGUGCUUCAGGAUGAGGGAAUGGCAGCAAAUCUUUAUGUCAGUAUGAACGAAGGGCUCAGUUUCAUCUCCAGUUCGGUCACCAUUACGACUGUCAGCUGUUCUGAUGGGACCAUUUUGGCCAUCACUCUACUCAUCCUCAUGCUGCUCCUCAUCUUGGCUCUCCUGUGGUGGUUCUGGCCCCUCUGCUGCACUGUGAUCAUCCAUGAGCCCCCGCCACCUAUUGCGGAGGAGAGUUCGGAUGAUGAAGACGAUGAUACACCAAAGAAGAAAUGGCCCACUGUAGAUGCGUCCUACUACGGAGGACGGGGAGUCGGGGGAAUCAAAAGGAUGGAGGUCCGCUGGGGUGAGAAAGGCUCCACUGAAGAAGGAGCAAAACUGGAGAAGGCCAAAAAUGCCAAAGUGAAGAUGCCUGAGCAGGAGUUUGUGCAGUGCCCCACGCGUGUUCUCAACAACGGCAUGCAAAAACCCAUUGGAGCACACAAGUGGUACUCGCCCAUCCAGAGCAAACUGGAUGCAUUGUGGGCCCUUUUAAGAAAAGCCUACAACCGCGUGUCAGUGAUGAGACCUCAUCCAGGUGAUAAGGGCAGAUGCAUGAACUUUAUUCGCAUGAAGUCGGCCUCCUCUCGCUACCCCGACUACAACCCGUCGCCCAUCUACACCCCUCCCAGCAGGAGUCCACCCGCACCGCAGGGCACCCUCCCGCCAACCCCCGGCAGCCCACCGUUCUGCACUACCCUGCCCAUCCUGCCUUUGACGCCCUCCGACGUAUGCCCCUCUCCUCCGUCCACCCCUCCCUACUACACCCCACCUCCCAAACGGGCUCUCCCACCCACCUCUCUGCACAUACCCGCCACGCCCGAGCUGCCGCCUACCCCGCCACCUCCCCUCUCGCCCUCCGUCACGCUGCCCCCGCUACCUCAAGGCCCCGCUCCGGGACGAGCCCCGCCGCCGGCCCGCCCCCCGCCACGCCCCGGCCUGUAGCUGACAAAGUGAGAACCCCAGCAAGAAUUCAAAGCGCGUGACCAUGUUUGAUUGUGUCUGCGGGAGAGUAAAGCCCAGCAGGCUGUGGCCUUGUGCAAUGGCCAACGAGGACCUGCUUUCCUUCCGCUAUUUGUCUACACUGACUUUUGUACACAUCUAGCCCAACGGAUGCUUGAAUUACUGACAUUGAAAUCACAUGAGAGCAUUCGUUCUACCGCGGAGAGCUUUAAGUGACCGCUCCCUGUCCGGCAGAGAGAUGAUGGACUCGCACAUGGGAGCGUGCUCCUGUACAAAGAUGCCUCCAACUGCAUCAUGCAGAAUUCAACAAACCCUUUAGUUAUGAUGUCAUUAACACCUGAGCAAUUCAAUGUUUGAUAGCGAUUGUCCUUAUUUAGGGUCAGGGGUGAGUUUUGGAGCCCUUCCCAAUCGACUUUGGCUGUGAAGCGGUCUAUGAGGGCUGGCUACGCAAUGGAGUGAUUGUGAUUCUGGACUAUUCAACAAGUUUCAUUGUAAGAAAGAGAGAGAGAGAAAAAAGGAUGGCCAUUUAUAGCGCAUGAAUAACUAUUCACACUCAUUUGCACCUCUGGAAAAUUUGGAGUCGAUUGAACAAUUGGAUGUCAUAAUCUUCAAAUCAGAAUGGGUGAUUCCUUUUGCCAUCCCGAACGAUCUGUGCAUGCGCUGUCGCGAUAUAAACGUGUAGGACGUCAUCGUUUACACACUUGACAAUAGAACCGUACCGCCAGAGCAAUGGGAGAACUUCUUUCAUACAAUUUGUACUUUUUGGGUUUUUUCCUUUUUUUGUAAACAAGCUUAAAUAAAAAAUGUUAUCGCUAUUA